GUGGGCCGGGCCGCGAAGCUCGCACUCUAUUAAGGAGGCCAGAACUGGGGUGGAGAAAAGCUCAGAGGCUAUCGCUGGACGUCUGAGUAGCAAGGCAGCAACCGGACUGGCAGUGUGCGCCGAGCCGGCCCACACGUGCGCGUUCUCCGAGUCUGCCCCAAGGCACGGAAACUCGCUGCGGAAGAAGGCAGGCAGGCGGAGGCCGGCGCUCCGUGUUCCCUCCCUGCUCCUCCUCCUCCAGCCAGCCAGCCAGCCAGCCGCAGCGCCCCGCCGCACCGAGCCGAAGGAGAGCGCGGAGGAGAGCGCCGAGAAGCGCGCUAGGUGCGUGCUCGCGCCCGCGUCCCCGCCAAGCAAGCCCCUCUCCGCCGGGCCGAGCGAGCGGGGUGUGCGCGCGCGCGCGGCCCCUUCCUCUCCCCCGUGAGCCCCCUCCCUUCGCCACGCGCCCCUCCUCCCUUCCCCUCCCCCUUCCCGCGCAGCGCCCCACGGCCUGUGAGCUGCUGAGGCGCUGCCGCCGGCCCGGACGACGCUGCGCUCCCUGAGGCGUGCUCCUACCUGCCAGGCGCGGCCUCCCGCGGUCUUCCCGACCGCGCGGCGCCUCCUCCAGGCCCUAGCACACCGUGCCAGUCCCGUGGCCGCCGCUGCCCUGCCGGGACCGAGAUCUUAUCCUGAUGGCUGACUCUAAACCACUCUUCUCCCCUGAUGGGGACCCCAUGGCUGCAGAAGCCUUGCUCCGGGAUGUGUUUGGGAUUGUUGUGGAUGAGGUCAUUCGGAAAGGGACCAGUGCCUCUGAGAAGGUCUGUGAGUGGAAGGAGCCGGAGGAGCUGAAGCGGCUGCUGGACCUGGAGCUGCGCAGUGACGGCGAGGCGGCUGAGCGGAUCCUGGCACGGUGCCGGGAGGUGAUCCACUACAGUGUGAAAACCUGUCACCCACACUUCUUCAACCAGCUCUUCUCAGGGUUGGAUCCCCACGCUCUGGCGGGGCGCAUUGUCACUGAGAGCCUCAACACCAGCCAGUACACUUAUGAAAUCGCCCCUGUGUUUGUGCUCAUGGAAGAAGAGGUGCUGAAGAAACUCCGGUCCCUUGUGGGCUGGAGCUCUGGGGAUGGGGUCUUCUGCCCUGGUGGCUCCAUCUCCAACAUGUAUGCUGUGAACCUGGCCCGCUAUCAGCGCUACCCGGACUGCAAGCAGAGGGGCCUCCGGGCGCUGCCGCCCCUGGCUCUCUUCGCAUCAGAGGAGUGUCAUUACUCCAUCAAGAAGGGAGCUGCUUUUCUGGGACUUGGCACUGACAGUGUCCGAGUAGUCAAGACAGAUGAGAGAGGGAAAAUGAUUCCUGAGGAUCUGGAGAGGCAGAUCAGUCUGGCUGAGGCUGAGGGCACUGUCCCGUUCCUGGUUAGUGCCACCUCUGGAACUACCGUGCUGGGGGCCUUUGACCCCCUGGAGGCAAUUGCUGACGUGUGCCAGCGUCACGGGCUGUGGCUCCAUGUGGAUGCCGCCUGGGGUGGGAGCGUCCUGUUGUCACAGACACAUAGACAUCUCCUGGAUGGGAUCCAGAGGGCUGACUCCGUGGCCUGGAAUCCUCACAAGCUUCUCACAGCCGGCCUGCAGUGCUCAGCUCUUCUUCUCCGGGAUACCUCGAACCUGCUUAGGCGCUGCCACGGGUCCCAGGCCAGCUACCUCUUCCAGCAGGACAAGUUCUACGACGUGGCUCUGGACACCGGAGACAAGGUGGUACAGUGUGGCCGCCGCGUGGACUGUCUGAAGCUGUGGCUCAUGUGGAAGGCACAGGGCGGGCAAGGGCUGGAGCGGCGUGUUGACCAGGCCUUUGCCCUAGCCUGGUACCUGGUGGAGGAAUUGAAGAAGAGAGAAGGAUUUGAGUUGAUCAUGGAGCCGGAAUUCGUCAAUGUGUGUUUCUGGUUCGUGCCCCCCAGCCUGCGGGGGAAGCAGGAAAGCCCCGAUUACAGUGAAAGGCUGGCUAAGGUGGCCCCGGUGCUCAAGGAGCGCAUGGUGAAGGAGGGCUCCAUGAUGAUCGGCUACCAGCCCCAUGGAACCCGAGGCAACUUUUUCCGCAUGGUUGUGGCCAACCCUGCGCUAACCCGGGCUGAUAUGGACUUCCUUCUCAACGAGCUGGAAAGGCUAGGCCAGGACCUCUGAGCCUCCUCCUCGCUGCUGGCCCUGACACCCCACCUCGCUCUCACUGUCUAUGCGUUUCCUUCCUGUGUUCUCAAUAACAGAGGGACCUUAACAACCUUGAUAUGCCUUGACCCACUAACUCUCUUAUGAAAUAUUUGCUCUUAGGAGGACAUUUAAAUAAAUUAUAGUAUAUCUAGAUCAUGGGAUGGUUCUCUGCCAUUAAAAUUAUGUUUAUAAACAAGAUUUUUAUUGAUAGGAGGAAAGAUAAUUUUAAUAUAAUGUUAUAUUGAAAACGCUGGAUACAAGACUUUGUAUAUAGUAAUAUCUGAGUGGUGUUUAGACAUACAUAGGAGAAGACCGAUAAAA